AUGGCUAUCCUGAACCUCCUCGCGGCCUGUGGCCUCCUUCUGGGUUCAGCACAAUCUGCUUGUGCUUUCGGAUACGGGCCUCUCCCGGGUCAGAUCAAGAAUCUUGUAACAUUCGGAGACUCCUAUACAGAUGUCGUAAGUAGCCAACUCAUCGCAGCAAUUUAUACUUCCUACCCUGCAACGCAGGCCGUGCCAGGCGAUCAUGGUAUCGCAUGGCCCAUCUUCGCAGCAGAGGACGGGAACCUCACGCUCUAUCCGUUCGCGCGCUCUGGCGCGACGUGCUCCAACAAUCUGACAGCGAGACCAUUCCCGUCGGUCUUCGAAAGCCAGCUCCCGACGUACUUCGAGGAAGUCGCGAACGGCACGCUGGACUUGAACCCGCAUGACACGAUCUAUACGCUCUGGAUCGGCACGAACGACGUCGGGGUGGACGCGCUGCUGACAGGGGAUCAGACGCCGGGCGUGACGGUGGUGGACACGGUCACUUGUGCCGUCAACUGGGUGAAGGUGUUGUAUGAGAAUGGUGCGAGGAACUUCCUGUUCCAGAACAUGCUUCCGCUGCAGAACACAGUUCUUUAUGCGGCAGACUCGUAUCCCAAUCAUUACUGGACGUACGAGCGCAACACUACGGAGUGGAACGUCUUCAUGACGGAGCUGACACAGACGGCCAACAACCUCUCCGCAUUGAUGCUCCAAAGUCUGACACCGGCGCUUCCGGGAGCACACAUCGGCUACUUCAGCUCCUACGACCUGGUCUCGGAUAUCAUUAAUCACCCAGCGAACUAUCUUAACGGGACCGCACCUCUGAACGUGACCGGGUGUGUUAACGCGUGCGUGUACCAGUUGAACGGGAACUCAUCUGGUCCGGCGGCGUGCACUGUCGCAAACGGAAGUGAUGCCUACAGUUUCUUGUGGUAUGACGAGUUGCACCCUUCCCAGCAGACCGACGGUGUCAUUGGCAAAGCGAUCGCGGCUGCGAUUACAAGGACCUCGGAUCAGUGGACCACCUGGUUGACUUCAGUUAAUGAAGAGAGAGGACCCAAAAGGUCGUAG